AUGGGCGUGUCAGAAUAUUUGGCCAAUCAGAUACGCUUAACGCUUGAGCAUCGCUCAGAAUAUUACUCAGCCAAUGAGGUUUUGGCGCGGGACUUUCGAAAAGUCACAAGGCCAAUCAGAAUGUUUUUAGCAAUGGCUCGUACCAAGCAGACAGCCCGCAAGUCCACCGGCGGCAAGGCACCGCGCAAGCAGCUGGCCACCAAGGCCGCCCGCAAGAGCGCCCCGGCCACCGGCGGCGUGAAGAAGCCGCACCGCUACCGGCCCGGCACCGUGGCGCUGCGGGAGAUCCGGCGCUACCAGAAGUCCACCGAGCUGCUGAUCCGCAAGCUGCCGUUCCAGCGCCUGGUGCGCGAGAUCGCGCAGGACUUCAAGACCGACCUGCGCUUCCAGAGCUCGGCCGUGAUGGCGCUGCAGGAGGCCAGCGAGGCCUACCUGGUGGGUCUGUUCGAGGACACCAACCUGUGCGCCAUCCACGCCAAGCGGGUCACCAUCAUGCCCAAGGACAUCCAGCUGGCCCGCCGCAUCCGCGGGGAGAGGGCAUAA